AUGAAGCAGCUCCGAAUUGUAUUUCUUGGAUCGGAGAAGGUUGGCAAAACGAGCACUAUUAAACAGUUUCUCUACGGGUCAUUUCAAGAGGUGACCGAAGCAACUCUUGGUGAAUGUUACAACGAGACUGUUUGCCUUCCCAAUGGCAUCUGUCAACAAAUACAGAUUAUUGAUACAGCUGGCAGCGACGAGUUUCCAGGCAUGACAGAUUUAAACAUCAGAAAUGGAGAUUAUUUUGUCGUUAUGUAUGCUAUAGAUGAUCACCAGACUCUUCAUCAUGCGUUUAAAUUGUGCCAAAAAAUUAGAGAAAUUAAAGGAAAGGAUUUCAACCGAAUAGUGUUAGUGGGAAAUAAAAUAGACUUGAGCACUUCAAGACAAGUAACUACAGAGGAAGUCUUCCAAAAAUCCUCAACUGAUAAAAAUUACUGGUUCACUGAAACAAGUGCAAAACUGAAUUGUAAUAUAAGAUGUCUUUUUCAAAUCAUUUUAAGAAACUAUAUAAAAUCAGAAGACUUGUUCCUCGAUAAGGAAAACACGAAAAAGACAAAAAGCAAGAAUAGGAAUACAAAAGUAAUACGUACUAAUUCAAGAAAAACAUCUAUACAAAAUCUGGUGUAUUCGCUUCAAACCAAAGGGGAAUGGAAGCAUUAA